AUGACAAACCUCACAGAGGUUAUCAAUGUGUCAGCCUGUUUUGUGGAACCCCACAAGGAUCCUUUCAACGGGCGUUUAUACAUAUCAAAGGACGUCAUCUUCCAGGAGGACCUCCAUCUUGCUGAUCCAUCGAUAUCAACUACUCCACACAACCUGAAGGUCCUAUCCAAUGCGGCCCGUAAAGCGGCUGCGGCGAUUCCUUCAGCGACACCAGGCCUACCCACUGCGGCCUGUCAAGAGACUGCAGCGAUUCCUGAUCCAUCAAUUGAUAAUCUAUUCAUUGAUGAGAAAAUUCGACUUGAGUGUCCAUUAUUUCUCAUACCCACUAAUAAUUGGUGGAUUGACUAUGAUAUCUCCGCAAGAAUAUCUACUCUUUUAGUGCAGAAUACACUGAACUCCUCAGAAUUCACAGUUGAAUCAGAUGAUCCUCCGACAUCUACAAGGGAUAUCACUACAGUGAGGGAAGCUUCAGUGAGGGACAGUCUUGAAGACCUACUCACUGAUCCCGAGAUCACUGCACUCCUGAUCCUGAAAAACCUCACAUGCGCCAAAGCUUCCAUGAAAUAG